GAGCCGCUCCUUGCCCGUGAUUCAAUAGUAGUAGCGACUCCUUGCCCGGCUCGAGCUGUCCCUCUCGUCUAUCCAGGAAUGAGAAGCGAUGGCCGCUUCUGCCAACGAGGAGAAAACCUACAGGAGGUUCUUGGAGCUCUUCUUGCGGGAGAUGAGACCACCUCUCCAAGAAGACGGACCCCUUCCCAUGCGCCCGUUGUCGGACUUCAUCUCCGAGGACGAGGUAGAAGGGGAGUGCCUGGACCUGUGUCUGCAGCACCUGUGCAAAUAUAACUGCCCAUUCUCACUGGCUGCAGGCCUGUCUCGAGGCACGGCUGAUAGUGUUCUGCAGACUGAUCUCUCCAUAUACCAUCUAGCCAAGAGUACUGAGGAGGGCACAGAAGCACCUUCGUUUCCUCAGCUGGAGGCAGUGAAGCUGGCGCGUCUGGUCUUUAAUACAUUGUGUGAGAUCUGCUGUGUGUGGCUGAAGAGUUUCCCCGCCCGGCGCCGCACCCACCCCUACUACGAGACCUCCAUCCACGCCAUCAAGAACAUGCGCCGCAAGAUGGAGGACAGGCAUGUGGUCAUCCCCGACUUCAACUCCCUCUUUAACCUGCAGGAUCAAGAGGACCAGGCAUUUUUCGCCGUGUUCGAUGGCCACGGGGGAGUCGACGCUGCUACCUAUGCUGCCAACCACCUGCACGUGAACUUGGUCAGACAGGAGAUGUUCACCCAGGACCCUGGAGAAGCUCUCCGUCGUGCCUUCAAACUCACAGAUGAGCGCUUCGUACAGAAGGCCUCGCGCGAGACCCUGCGCUGUGGCACCACCGGGGUUGUGACCUUUCUUCGGGGUCGUACUCUACAUGUGGCCUGGCUAGGAGACUCACAGGUCAUGCUGGUCAAGAAGGGACAGCCAGUGGAGCUGAUGAAACCCCACAAACCAGACAGAGAGGAUGAAAAGAAGAGGAUCGAGGCUUUGGGAGGGUGUGUGAUCUGGUUUGGGACGUGGCGGGUAAAUGGGAGCUUGUCCGUAUCGAGAGCCAUAGGGGACUCGGAGCAUAAGCCGUAUAUCUGUGGCGAUGCUGACCACAGCGUGUUCCCGCUGGACGGCUUGGAGGACUAUCUGAUUCUGGCCUGCGACGGCUUCUAUGACACAGUGAGCCCGGAAGAGGCUGUGCGUGUGGUCAGCGACCACCUGCAGGAGAACAACGGAGACACAGCAAUGGUGGCCCACAAGCUGGUGGCGUCUGCGCGCGACGCCGGCUCCAGCGACAACAUCACCGUCAUCGUGGUCUUCCUCAGGGACCCCCGGGGGCCCCCACCCUCCGGGGAGCCGGAGGAGGAGGCGGAGGAGGAGCCUGGGGAAGAGGUGGAGCCAGAGGAGGAGGAAGAGUCGCUCCAGAGCGAGUUGGUAUGUCAGGACGGAGGAGGGGAGAACGGAGGUAAGGCCCGCGGAGGCUGGCCCCUGCAACAGUGCUCCGCCCCCGCUGACCUGGCGUAUGAAGACCGCACCGACUCCUUCACCGACAGGACCAGUCUGAGCAACACGGGGCCCCAGCCUCUCACGGGCAGCGGCGGCAACCAGGACCGGCCACUACCAGCGCCUGGCGGCCCGCCGAGCAGAACCUUCAGGCCGGACCUGGGGGCGGGCGGGGGUGGUGGCAUGGGCAUGGGCGCCGCCUGGCGCCCCUGUGGCGAGGUGGAGGUGAGCGGGCGCCAGCGCCGGGUGGGGCCCCGGCCCCCUGUCCCGUCCUGCACGCAACCCCCCGCGGACGGACUGUGGUUGGAGGCUGCGGCUCUCUUACCCCAGCAGGGGCGGAGGAAGAGGAGAAUGGAGGGUGGAGCACCACGUCGGGCAGCGAAGCGCCAAGGCCGGAAGGCCCAUGAGUGCCCCAGCCUGCAGCCCGACGUGCCCGAACCGCUCCGCUAUAUAGAGCGGAGGCCUGGGGUCGCCCUGCCACACCUAACACACCACCCCGGGCUCUAAACCCACAAACCCCCAUCACACUGCCCCCAUUCAGGCUAGAAAACACAUUUACAUUUACAGCAUUCGGCAGACACUCCUAUCCAGAGCGACUUACAUAUCUAUCAUUCUGACAGCACGUGCGUUAACUGGGAAUCCAACCCAUCACCUUGGUGUCUAAUAACAUGCUCCACCUGCUCCAUCAGGUGAGCUACACCUACACACAUACACACACGCACACAAAAGAAAAGCCAUCCUAUUAUUUACCAGUCUGUCACAAGUGAUGCCAGGCUUUGCCAUACCCCCUCCGCCCUGCUCCUCGUCAUCGUUAAGCCAACACUACAAAACGGGCAUAUUAUCCUGACCACUUCAUGGUCAAAAUCACUCUUCUGUGCCCCCCUGUCCACCAGGCCUAAGGUUUCUUGUAAUAGGUAAUUAGAGUUUGGUAGAGAUUAUUCUGAGCUAAGAAGACAAUAGGACGUCAUUCCUUGCUUUUCUGUUAGGAUUCUUUACUUUCACACCCUCCAAGAGCGUUCUUUAGGGUAAGCGUCGCGACCUUAGCAGCAGAGCCGCGUUUAGUUUAGCUAGGUCUGUCCAUUCAUGUCAUGUGUUUGUUUUUGUGGGCUGGUCACGUUGAACCUGCGGUUAAAUAGAGAGUCCUUCAUGGAUGCGUGGAAACCCCGGUCCUAAACACCUGAUUUUUCAAACAAGAACCUCCUGGCUGUUUAGGUCCAAACGCUGAACGUUAGCUGAGGAAAAGCUUCCCAGAAGCUUGUCUCAUGCUUUCAACCUGAUCCUAGACACAGUUUUAAUCUACACAGCUGCACAUUAACUCUCUGAUAGAUGCAGUAUGAAACCUAUUCAGAUUGUUUACAAUUGUUUACAAUCUUUGAAACCAAAGACAUGCAAGCUAGAUGUUUAUGUGGGAAAAGAUCCGCACAGUUUCAUCCUAGAUUUCUACAUGCACCAGUUCGCCAGGCAUCCCCGAGGUCCCACGGUGGCCAUGUUUCCCACUUAAAACAGGAUACCCAUAAACCCAUAAACCAGGACCGGUCAGCAUAAUAUCUCCAGGUUCCUGUUCAGGCGCGUCCCGCUGGGAUCGGCGCAGUGUUUAAGAUGAGCCUCACUCCUCCUCGUGAAGGAGGAUGGGACUUAGCUAAAGCGGGACAGUAUGUGCCUUCUGUGUCUCGCAACACUGUCUUAAGAAGCAUCGGACAACUAGGGGAAAAAAAACACUAAAAGAUGUGGCUGCAGUUUGACCUUUUUAACCAGAUGUUUGCAGCUGUCCCGAUUGUUAGGUUGAAGAACUUUCCGGUUCUGCAAACACCUUGCGAUGUUUUAAAUAUAGAGAUACUGAUACUUUCUGUAGAAUGUUACUGUAUGUCACACUAUAGUGUAAAAUAUCCCUUAUUAACCAUAGCAGUUUCUCCUCCCAACACACACGCACACACACACACACAAAUAUUUACCACCACCGGAGUACUCACAAAAAUGCCAGAAAAUAACUCACAGUCUAUAGAGAUAGUCUACCAAUACUCAGUUUGUACUGAUACGGUCUACACAGAUACUCACUGUUUGUAAGGACAGGACCUGUCUGUACCAGCCCGCCUGUUCCACUCCACAGACAUCUGACCCUUUUGUUUGUGGGCGGGUGGGUGUAGAAGGGUAUCUUUAGAGUGGGAAUAUGAGCAUGAGUGACCCCCAUCCCCCACCCGAGUCACACUAAACACACACAUUAGUCAGUGUUGGCACAGAGUACGUCCAGCUUGGCCCAUUUGGGCUAACACCAUGGAGUCCAGCUCCGUGGAGUCUGUACAGAGCAGCCCACAGUACCCAGGAGGUGAGAUUUAGCCAGUCGCCAGCAUCUCAGCUGGGAUAAAAUGUAAUGUAUGUACAAUAAGAAGUCCAAACACACACUCACACGUGCAUUCACACACAUAUUUAUGUAUGACUGGGAACGAUAAGGAGAUUUUCUGUUUCAUAUGAUGCUUGCCAGGACCCUGUGGGUAUGUAUCUGGACCAAAACCCUCUGCAAAACCCUCUCCAGAAAAAAACCCCAAAACUUUACAAUUGUUACUGGGAGAGUGAACCUGGGCAGCUGGAGAUCACAAGUCUCUUUACCCGGCUAUGAUGGCCUCUUAAACAGCACAUCCAAGCUGGUCUACGUGUCACCAGAUCCGUUCCGCUCUCCUCUGCUCACUCGCGGCAUUAGUAAUUCACACCGCCCAAAAAACACUAGUACCCUAGCACCGCGGCGCAUCCGAGGAAACAACCUUGCAGGGGGUUUGCAUUUUCCGAUGCCAGCAUUGACCCGCAGGCUGCCGUGUCCCACACACGCCCCUCUCGGGACAGUGGGGUGCGGCGGUCCAGCGCGGCGGGAAGGCGACCCCUUUCCUCACAACAUCUCCCUACCGCGACCCGGAAGAGCACCUGAAGUGUUCCACCCUGCCCUGAUCAUCUCCUUACGCCCCGAGGGCCAAAUGGCGUACAUCACUAUUGUAGUGAACCUACAUAUAUAUGUAUAUACACGUACGUUUGUGUAUGGUGCAUAUGAGUGCGCGUGUGCGUAUACGUGUGAGUAACGUUCGAGGAUGCGCACAUGAUGUCUCAUGUCUUGUUAACGUGACAGCUAAGUCACCAUUGUUAACUCAGAUGGCUACAGAGGGUCUGUGGUCUUCAACCACCCUGUCCCUGCCCUGCUAAACCUGAUACCGCUAAUGAGAGAACCCGAAACCCUCUGACCAUCAGCGGAGCGGGAUGAUCUCCCCGACAUUGUGAGGACUUUCUGCUCCGUCCGCAAGCCUGGGCCAGCGUUGGCAGGGCGUGGCGGGAAUGUUCAGACUCUCAUUCCAGUGGUGUGAGACACACCGACGGUUUCCCUCAUCGUCAAGUAUCUGGAGUGUCGGCUUCUUCGGCCCGACUGUUAGAUACAGUGAUGGCCAAGGCUGCUGUCUCAUGGUCCCACUCUCUCUCCUCUGAAAUGCCUGUCUCUCUCUCUGUCUCUCUCUCUCUCUCUGUCUCUCUCUCUCUCUCUCUGUCUCUCUCACUAUCCCGCUCCUUGUCCUCGCCACUUCUUGCUCAUGUACUGCUUUAUUUCUUGUAAGCAAUAACGAACCUAAACAAGCCAUGAGUGAGGAAAACUCUCAUGAGGAGAACUUUGCGAGAAUUCUUCAUGAGAAGAAUUCUUCAUGAGAACUCUGCGAGGAGAACCCUUCCCAAGGAGAACCCUUCGUGAGGAGAACUCUUUGCGAGAACUCUUCAUGAGGAGAACUUUCUUCUCUUUUUUUUUUUUUGAGGCCACGGCUUCUCCAAAGCGGAGAAGCCGAAAAGUUUCAAGUGAAAUGGAGGUAUGGGGG